AUGCUCCAAUUCCUCUUUACAAGGAAGUAUCCAAAUAGGUCCAUUCCACUGAAAAUAACAGUCACAAAGAAAAAGAAGGAACACCGCAAUCACAAAAAAGACCAUAAAGACGGCCCAAACAAAAAGAAAGUUUGUGACUAUUGCACCAAGAAGAAAGGGUUCACAUUCUAUGGUCACACUGAAGACCAAUGCAACAACACAAAGAAAGACCUUUCUAACAACAAAGAAGUAAAGCACAACAUUGGACCAAUGGACGUAGCAAACAAGAAUGAUGUGACUUUUGGUCUUUCUAUGUCCAAGGAAGAAAUCUCCAAGAAAAUGUUAAACAAAGGCAACUCCAACGCUAAGGAAAUGGCCUCCCUCCGUAUGGGACAAAGAGCUUGCCGAGGUCCUAAAUAUUGA